CGUAUUUCCAUUCAUCUUAAACAAGUGGUUUCAACUUUCAAGCUAGCAAAUAUACAUAUCACGAUGAAUAAGCAUGUCGAGGGUAAAAGAUUAAGCGAGUUUUUUAGAAAGGGGAAACCCUUUUUUGCAGUCGUCUUUUUGCAAUUCGGGUUUGCAGGAAUGGAUGUUAUUUCUAAAGUUGCGUUGAAUGAAGGAAUGAGUAAUUAUGUGUUUGUUGUUUAUCGCCAUGCUGUUGCCACCGUUGCCAUGGCCCCUUUCGCCAUGGUUCUAGACAAGAAAGUAAGGCCAAAGAUGACCAAAUCGAUUUUUGUGAAGCUUAUGCUGCUUGCACUAUUGGAGCCAGUUAUUGAUCAGAAUCUUUAUUUUCUAGGGAUGGAAGCCACAACAGCAACAUUUGCGGUUUCAAUGACCAACGUUCUUCCAGCUAUAACUUUUAUCAUGGCCUACAUUUUAAGGCUUGAGGCGGUAAACCUAAAAAAUAUCCGCAGCCAAGCAAAGGUAGUUGGAACAAUUACAACCGUUGCAGGAGCCAUGCUUAUGACACUGGUUAAAGGCCCUUUGUUGGAGCUAUUUUGGACAAGGGGACGAAAUAACAUAAAUGUAAUACACAACGGUGUAGAUUUACGUCAUUCUCUCAAGGGUGCUAUUAUGAUCACGGUUGGAUGUUUUAGUUGGUCUGGCUUCAUGGUUUUGCAAGCAAUUACACUAAAGUCUUAUCCGGCUGAGCUGUCUUUAACUGCUUGGAUUUGCUUCUUGGGCACAAUUGAGGGAGCCAUAGUGGCACUAGUGAUGGAGAGAGGGAAGGCAGCAGUUUGGGCUGUUAAGUGGGAUACCACUCUUCUAGCAACACUCUACAGUGGGGUAAUGUGUUCGGGUCUCGCUUACUACAUCCAAGGAAUUAUAAUGAAAGAUAGGGGUCCUGUUUUUGUGACAGCAUUCAGUCCGUUAAGUAUGAUAAUAGUAGCUAUCAUGGGCUCCAUUAUUCUAGCCGAGCAAACAUAUCUAGGAAGGGUUCUUGGAGCUAUUGUGAUAGUUGCAGGGCUUUACAUGGUUGUUUGGGGUAAAAGCAAGGAUAACGAGCUUUCUAUUGGUGAGCAAAUGUCACCAGAAAAACAAAUAUCAGAAAAAGAAUCUGAAGAGAACUGUUGUCAGAAGGUUAUUACUAUCAAAUCAUCGGAUGGAGAUAAUCAGACAGCUGAUGUACAGUAAAAGAUUGAGUCAGCUGAGCCUGAGCACUUCAUCCAUCUAUUAUUUAAAAAAAAAAACAAUGUGGUAUAGGUUGGGGUAGAAAGCAGCAAAAUAAGGCAUUAGCCUUAAUGAACAAGAAAAUGAACUUCCCUUAGAAAUGGUAGUGUUUUUUAUUUUCUUAAUCAAUGUUAUUAACCUGCUUAUGUAACUAUGAUAGUAUGAUCUAUGUAUUUAAUAUAGGUGAUAUAUCCGUUAUCGAUCCCCAUGUCAAAUAUUUGAUUAAUAAUUGACCGACAUAGUUCUACCA